AUGGUCCAGGAGGGGUUGGGGCAGAGCCAGAGGAGAUGCCAGCAGAUAAUCCAGUUGAAGGAGAAGGAGCUGCAGGAGCUGAGGAAGGCUGUGGAGACUCUCAAGUCUGGAACACAGACAGCAGUGGAGGAGAGUGAGAGGAUGUUUACUGAACUGAUCCGCUCCAUUGAGCGAAGGUGCUCUGAGGUGACAAAGCUGAUCAGAGCUCAGGAGAAGGCUGAGGUGAGUAGAGCUGAAGGACUCCUGAAGCGACUGGAGCAGGAGAUUGCUGAGCUGAAGAGGACAGAUGCUGAGAUGAAGCAGCUUUCACUGACACAGGAUCCCAUCCAUUUCCUUAAGAACAUUGUGUCCAUCACUGGGGUGUCUGCACUGAAGAUGCAGCUGCAGGAGAAAUUACAAUCAGUCUUCAGGCAGGAAAUAGUCAAGAUAUCUGCAGCAGCAGUGACAAAUAUCCAGAUCAUCCAGAACAUACAGUUGUCUGAUGGCCAGGCUCUUACUGCUGAACCAGUGACCAGAGAGGACUUCUUACACUAUUCCUGUCACUUCACUCUGGAUCCAAACACAGCACACACACACCUCCAUCUGUCUGAGGGGAACAGGAGGGUGGAGAUGAGACCUGGGGACCAGUCAUAUCCUGAUCAUCCAGACAGAUUUGAUAGGUGGCCUCAGGUGCUGUGUAGAGAGGGUGUGUCUGCACGCUGCUACUGGGAGGUUGAGUGGAGUGGAGGAUGGGUUGAUAUAGCCGUGUCAUAUAAAAGCAUCAGCAGGAAAGGAGGGGGUCAUGAGUGUAGGUUUGGAUAUAAUGAUCAGUCCUGGAGGCUGCUCCUCAGCAGCUACAGCUCCUCUUUCAGACACAAUAAUGAAAUGACUGAACUCCCUCUAGUGGCCAGCUCCAGAAUAGGAGUGUAUGUGGAUCACAGGGCAGGAACUCUGGCCUUCUACAGCAUCUCUGGAGACACAAUGACCCUCCUGCACAGAGUCCACACCACAUUCACACACACACUCUACCCUGGGUUUUGGUUAAAUUAUGGAUCUUCAGUGAAGCUGUUGUGA